AUGUUAUGUGCACUCUGGUUCAACGGACCUGUUUGGUUGCACCAAGGUCAAAGCUUCUGGCCUGCAACUCCAAAUGUCAGCGUUGAACAGUUUGAUCCAGCCUCUCUUGAAGAACGGAAAUCCGUAGCCCUGCCACUGCAAGUCACUACACCAAACGAAAUAUUCUCGCUACGUUCGACACUAUUUUCUCUCGUUCGACUGGUGGCUUUAUUACGUCGUUUCCGUCACAACUCGCAAAGAACGCACCGAACUUCCAGAAAACUCGGCCACAUUAGCACGCAAGAAUACGAGGAUGCUCUACUGCAACUGGUUCACCUCUCCCAAGAAGAAUGCUUUCCCCAGGAGAUUGCAAGUCUGUCCCGGGAGGAUCAGGUGAAAGACUCCUCUAGAAUAGCAUCACUCCACCCCAUACUACGAGAUGGUAUACUUCGCGUUGGCGGCCGGCUCCGGAAUGCAACUGUUUCGCAAAACCGGAAGCAUCCAAUGAUUAUUGAUCCACGUCAUCCUCUCGCCACGUUGGUAAUCCGCCAUUACCACGUGAAAUUGCUUCACUCCGGACAACAAGUCGUCAUCGCAAGCGCCAGAGAAAGAUUCUGGAGCCCCAACAUCAGAAACUUGGUGCGUAAAGUUCUCCACGAAUGCGUCACCUGCUUCCGAGUCAGACCAACAUGUUUGGGACAACUGAAGGCCGAACUGCCACCAGAAAGGGUAACACCGGCACCGCCAUUCCUGAAGGUCGGUGUGGAUUACUGCGGUCCGUUUCAAGUUUCCUACCCUCAUCGCCGAAGUGCUCCAGUUAAAUGCUUCGUUGCGGUAUUCGUCUGCCUUGUAACGAAGGCAGUUCAUGUUGAACUAGUCUCCGAUCUCACAACGGAGGCGUUUUUGGGAGCACUUAAACGCUUCACCGCCCGUCGAGGACAACCGGUCCUUAUAAUGUGUGACAAUGUCACGAAUUUCGUUGGACCAAAGCGGGAACUUGUACAGCUGUUGAACUUGUUCGAGCAGCAGCAAUUCCAGAACGCCGUAGCUUGA